AAAUAUUAAUGGCAAAAACCAAAUAUUUCCGAGUAUCCUGUCGGAAACGUCACGAGGGAUUUCCGAAGAUUCCUCAAGAUGUUUCAGUCGAAGUGUCCAUGUGGAGUCUUAUCGCAUUGCAUAAUUAAUUCCUCACUACACACUCUACGGUAUUAUUCUAUUCUACCGUUGAAAUACCCUUCGAAUCUUCUCAAUUCUUUGAAAAAAAAGCUUCACUCAAAAUGGCAAAUAGGAGCGAAUCAUUUGGUUUGGACAGAGAAAUCCAAAUGAAGAUUAAUUCUAAAUAUGACGAAGAAAAGGAAAAAGAAGCGAGGCAAUGGAUCGAGUGCGUGAUGGAUGAACGGGUGUUUGAAGAUAAGACUGGACCAGAUGGCGUACAUGACAUCUUGCGGGAUGGAAAAGUGCUUUGUAGACUUGCAAACGCUCUCGGGGGGAACAUCAAAAUCAACGCACAAAGUAUGCCAUUCAAACAGAUGGAAAAUAUUAGUAAAUUUUUAAAAUUUUGCGAAGAAACUCUUGGUGUAGCGAAGUACGAUCUGUUUCAAACUGUGGACUUAUACGAAAAGAGAAAUAUGUGGAACGUGAUAUGCUGCAUAACUGCUGUAGGGCGAAGGGCUUUUGCGAUGGGAAUGGAAGUACCUCCCCUGGGGCCCAAGGAGUCGAAAAAGAAUCCAAGACGUUUCACAGAAGAGCAACUCAACGAAGGCAAAUCUCACAUUAGCCUCCAAAUGGGUGUCGGUUCCUCAGCGGGAGCUACUCAAGCUGGCCAUCACUUUGGGCGUGCCCGUCAAAUCGUCAACAAUUACAAAUAAACUAGGUUGAUAUUUUAUAAGCGAUUUACCAAAAAAUAUAACCAACCAACACACAAAGAAAAACAGAAAAAAGUGAAAACAAAAUUAAGAAGUUAGGUUGGAAAUUCGCUUAAUUUUCAGCGAAAAAAAAAACAACUUUUGAACGUUUCUUUCAGAUACGUUGGUACAUGUCAUGUGAUUGUUUCCCGCCUUUUCCAAUUAUCUUGAUCUUGUUAUUACCGAGUAUGAAAUUUGUAAAGAUGUAAAUAUACGUAAUCUUGACAAAGGAAUGAUCUUUUAAAAAAAAUUCUACGCCAUUAAUUUUAAGAAUGAGAAUGAAUACGUCAUAAAAAGGAAUAAAUAAAUACCAUGUAAACAUUAAGUCUUUA